CGAUGUUCAUUUUGCCCGAAGUUGACGCGAAACCUUCUCAUAUCCUGUGCAAUUCUUCUCCCAGCCGAAUGGAAUCAGUCUCCACAAGCGAUACCGAUGCAGCCAGCAGUUCUCGUUUUACCCGUCAAACUGCCGUUUCACACUCUACCUGGCAUCACCUCAAUGGUUCCGGCUCCCCGUCAUCUGAUCAACCGUUGGGAACGGAAAGCGCUUCCGCUGUUCAGAAUGCUAGCACUGUAUUCCAGAGAAGGCGAGUCAAUCCUGAGAGCCUUGCUCUCCGACUAGGACCGGAUCUUGUCCGCGAUCUUGAGGCACUGAUACACCCUGGAAACAUCGAGAUGCCGUCCUUUGCUGUCCGGAAAGAGCUGCAAGAACGUUACAACAUCGACAGGAGGCAUGUCUAUGAUUAUUUUCACAGCCGAGGCCUGCGCGUGAUCAAGGAAGAUAAGAACGGUAACACAACUGUGCCAAAUGAUUUUGCUCUAGCACCGCGAUCGCCGAAGCCGAACCUCCGCACUUUGCGCCAAGCACCUAUGAAGGAGUCGCGGAGAGCAACUGUAAACUUGAUAUCAAACCUCAAGCAGGCCAAGCCCCCAGUUAGCAAACCUCGUGGAGUUACGAAGGCCAAACCUGGCCGCCCAAGGAAAUAUGCCGUUAGAUCCACUCACGACGACCCCCUGCCACCUGCAGUCAUCUGUCCGUCAUCUCGGAUGGCUCGCGCAAUAAGUCCAAUCCUCCAACCUGACAUCUUUCCUGCGAGCGACACAAACCAAGAAUUUGAUCUGGUGGUCAGUACCGUUGACGAGUCUUACACAUAUGCACAAGCGAUAGACGAGGUCUCUUACACGUAUUGUGGCCCAUCAGUAUUAAUGUUCGAGACAAGCCCACUCCACACCCUUUCCCAAGUGGUGCCAGAUCUGAAAGCCGAUGGGGCUGAACUAGGUUUAUCGCCAUGUACAACUUCUGCCGACCCUUUGUCGCCGAACGCUUGUACACUCUCAGCUACUGAGCGGUCGGCACUUUAUCAACUUCUUUCUGGAGCGUUUGGCACUCCUCGUGACAUCCAUGAAUGUGCCGGCACAUAUAGAAAAUACAUGCAGGAACGGUCGCAACUUUACUACGAGGGGCUUCUUGCAGCGCCUUACCAAAAUAAUGGCCGAAGACCAACUUCUUCCGACAAUCGCCAGUCCGUUCCUUGCAAUGGCAGCGAGUAUAGACGCUGGGUUAACCCGGGAGAAUUCUGCGUGACGGAUGACAAAGCUUCGGCCUCCAGGAAUUCCAAGCCGGUCAAAUCUGACGCGAGUACGAUCAGGCAGAAAGCACCUCAAGUCUCCAAUACCAACUUUGUUACAGAUAACGAGGCGCUUCCCCUGGACACGUUGUUUCCAAUAUUUGCCAGCGUCGAUGAUUCAAUGAGGGAAUCACCUGUUAUCCGCUCUCGGCGCCAAUCCUACGUACCUCUGGAUUUCUAUUUCCUUCCGAACGAGGAAAGGGGUGAGGCUGAGGAUCUCCUUCUGGAUGCCGCAUCUAACUCGGGCACCCCUGAACUUCCCAACCAUUCGGUCCCAUUACAGUCGAAGAUCCGUGGAGGAUCCGUCCACGGACAUCCGGAUUUCCCAGGAUCUCCGCCAUUACUGCCUUCGGCUGAGCUUCACCAUGUCGAUGUCAACCCUAAGCGCCCCGCCACUCCGUUACAACAACCGGCUGCCUCACCAAACGUCAAUGAAACCGGUGCCCUUACUUUGGCCAAACAGAAAAGUAGCCGAAAGAGUCUAGCUCCACAAACCCGCUUCGCUCCCUGCACUCCGCAGAAAUCGCAGCUACGUGAGUGUGACAGGAUCAGGACAAGAUCAUUUACGUCCCGCAGCGCUAGAAUGCGGACGACUUCUGCUGGCGGAGGAAUAUAACAGAACAAUAGCUAUCUGACGGUGUGAGAUGAUGGGCUUGGCACCGCAAACGUUUCAUGUUUAUUUAACAGCAGUUCCACAUUUGACCUAGGCUGCGCAAAACCGUCAAUCUCCUUCGCGCACCCCUGAAUUCCCAGCGUCACCUUGUACCAUCGCACGACCUGUCUUUUGGAUUCCCAGAUCCUAAAGACAGCUUCAUGUUCCAUAAUGAAUUUCUCUUUACGGUACUAGUUUACGAUAAUAUUAAUUAAGGUUACCCUCAAGCACGAUUCGGAACGCUUUGGCUUUCACUUGCCUUUUUUUUUCAGCUCUCUUUUCGUCUAGUCCUUUCGG